AUGAAGAAGACUAUUCUAAACAUCAUACUGCUUUGUAUAGUUUUCUACGUAACACAGUAUUGCCAAAGGCCUAUAAAAAGUAACGAGAUUGUCCCGCCGCCUCUGGAUAUUAAAUCGCAUUCAAAAGUGCUAUCUGUGAACACAUCACAAUGCCAGAUGGCUGCCAUGGAACCCCUGUCGCCAAUUGCGGUCUACUAUAUGACAAAAAUGCCCAUAUAUUCGUGCUUUAUGAUCCAGCUAAUGGUUCCCGAAUCUGUUGGCCAACGGAAUUACUUAUACUUGACUGCUACUACGAAACAACUUUGGCAGAAGCUUGGAGUUCGGAGAUUAAGCGAAAUCUACUGCGCCUACAAUCGCUUCGAACGAAUAGAUGACUUUCGCAACAAGUACUUUGGCUACAAAUACUUUCGCUUUAGUCGCUGGAAUAAUAUAACCGAGGUUCAGCCGGGCAACAUAACGAUACGAGUCGUUUGCUGGUUGGACUUUGGUCAUAUAAUUUAUCAUGAUGUUCUGAUAUUCCUGCCAAAUUCAAAUAAAAGGAUACAAAAAUUUCCCACUUUAGAACCCGUGAAACGUCUUUCCGUUAUUAUCCUGGGUAUUGAUUCCAUUUCCCACAUGCACUAUCGUCGUUACUUUAGUCAAUUCAUGGACUAUAUAGACCGCCUGCCGCACGUCGAGAUGUGGGGCUACAACCGUGUUGGUCGAAACUCAUAUCCGAAUCUUAUGCCUCUGCUGAGUGGACAGAGUGUGGAUGAAGUGGAGUCCGAGAGAGGAUGCUUCGGGGCAAACAAAAAUAUAAGCUUCGAUCGGUGCAAGCUACUGUGGAAUGAUUUCAAGGCGGCUGGUUAUACUACAAUCUUGGGCGAAGACUCCCGCGUAGGUGGCACCUUUACUUACCUUAGGCCCGGCUUUGAGCGUAAACCCACCGAUUAUUAUCUGCGAAGCGUUAUGAACGAGAUCCACUUAAAGACACAAUAUUCAGCCAAAGGACCAAAACAUAUAACCUGCUCAGCCAACCGAGUAUAUCAUCAUGUUCUUCACAACUUCUUUUACCAGUUGUUGCCCCAAAUGCAGGCAAGUUGUUAUGAUAGGGGAUUCUUUGCCUUUUUCUGGCAGACGAUGGGCGUCCACGAUUACUUUCAGUACGGCGAAAAGACAGACCUCCAGUACUAUUUGAUUUUAAAAGCGUUGCAAAACAAAAAUAUUCUCAAUAGAACCUUGGUUGUCAUUUUGUCUGACCAUGGUCUGCGAUUUGGUCCAUUUGUGAAAACCUUUCAAGGCAUGAGAGAGGUUUCAUUGCCAAUGAUGGUGGCCAUAUAUCCGAAUUGGCUAAGUCAACAAUAUCCACUGGCAGUAGAAAAUCUUCAGGCCAACUCUCACCGUCUAAUGACCACAUACGAUAUUCACGAGACUCUAAAAGAUGUUCUGGACCUGGAAAACCUUAGCGACGAGCGGAUACGAAACCGAACCAUGCAACUAAAAAAUGAACACAAAAUCUCCUUAUUUCUGCCCAUUCCUGAGGAGCGAAGUUGUUUCUCUGCCCGCAUCCCGCUGCACUACUGCCAAUGCGAGGGUUUUAUCAAGAUACCUUGGAAUGUACGCUUUAUCCAGCGAAUUGCCACGUUCGCAGUGGAUAGGUUAAAUAGUUUACUAUUACCCUAUAAGCAGUGUCAUAAGCUGAAGCUGCUCAAAGUGGAGGAUGCCUACUUGCACAAUGUCAAUGAAUCGUUCACUGUACGCCUGGUGACCGAACCGGGAAAUGGUCACUUCGAUGCCACCGUCGCCAAAGACCAAAAAUCUUUGCUGGGUCCUAUCACAAGAACUGAUCAAUACCGACAUCAGGCAUAUUGCGCCCAAGACGAGCCAAUCGCUAUUUAUUGUUACUGUUCUUAG